GAUCGAGAGGAACGCACCGAUUUCCUGUGGGGGAUUCGUGGAGGGCGUGCCGCGGGGGUUUCUCGAGGCUCUUGUAGUUACGUGUUAGAGAUGUAAUGGGUUGGUACUACUACGUGUGUGAGUUCUUCGACUUGUUCUAUCCAGGUUUGCGGCGGCGCGAGGAGGGGGAUAGAGGCGGAAUCUGCUUUUCGGUGGCGGUGGUUUUGCUGCAAUGGCGGGCGACAUGGAUGCAAGCGGCGAUUUCUACUCGGUGCUGGGGCUGAAGAAGGAGUGCUCCGAGGCGGAGCUCAGGAAUGCGUACAAGAAGCUCGCUUUGAAGUGGCAUCCCGAUAAGUGCUCGGCGUCGGGUAAUGAGAUUCGCAUGAAGGAAGCGAAGCAGCAGUUCCAGGAGAUCCAGAAAGCCUACUCUGUUCUCUCCGACUCCAACAAGAGAUUUCUGUACGAUGUUGGAGCCUACGACAAAGACGAAGAGGGGAUGGUGGAGUUUCUUGGGGAGAUGGCGCAAAUGAUGAGGCAAACCAAACGCUGUGGGAGCGGCCAGGAGAGCUUCGAGCAGCUGCAGCAGAUGUUCGUGGAGAUGUUCCACGACGAUCUGGACGCGGGAUUCUGCGGCCACUCCUCGGCCACCUCGGGCGCGGCGUCCUGCGGCAGCAAACGGGACAACUCGGCGAUGGACUCGGGCAAGCGGAAGCCGGACGAGUUGGACCCGGCCGCCAUUGGGUUCUGCCUCGGGACAAAGGAUGCAGGGCAAUCCUCAAAAGGAAGAGGUAGCAACAGCAAGAGAAGGAACAGAAGAAAGCAAAAGGCAUCAUCCAAGCAUGACAACUCAUCUCACAAUGCUAAGGUCUCAGCUUAGAGUUCUAGAAUUGCACCUGUAUUUAUUUCACUCUUCUGAGUGUUUCAGGUAAAACUUCCUACCCUGCAGUUCUUCAACCUUGCACUGUAGAAAAUGAUUACUAGUAGUAGUGGUAGGCUGGUAGACUGGAACUUGUAAUUGUAGGAUGGUCGGCAUGGUCCUCUGCUCAAUUUCAUGUACUCCUUUUAUUCAAAUAAAUUUCUCGAUUGAAGACUUAUCAAA